AUGAACGCUAAAGAAGUGUUUGCAUGGCGUGCUCAGGAAGACACAUGGGUGCUUCAGCUUCUACACUUUCCUGAGAUUUCCGGAGGCUCGUUUGUUGCAUCCACCAGUUCCGGUGGUUUGGCGCUUUUCUCCACUGCUUCCUUCAAUCAGGCUCCAAUCUACACCAACGAAAAGGCACACGAAUCCAGCAUAAACAGCAUAGCCAAGGUCGAUGAGUCCGUUUUUGUGUCUGCUUCUACAGACGGCCUCAAAGUUUGGGACUUGAGCAAGGGUCUUCAAAAGCCUGUGGCCUCUUUCACCAACUCGAAGAACUCAAACUUCCUCUCAGUGGCUGCCUCUCCAGAUGGACAACUUGUUGCAGGAGGCACGGAGCUUGCGGGGGUUGACGCCGAAUUGCAUAUUUGGAAUUGGCAGAGCCAGAAGUUGGUGAAGCUGCUUGUCGACUCUCAUCACGAUGACAUCACUGAUAUCAAGUUCCACCCUACAUUGACGCAGUACUUGAUGUCGGGGUCAACUGACGGCUACGUCAAUGUUUAUGAUUUGAGAGAGGAGGACGAAGAGGAGGCGCUUCAUCAGGUCAUCAACUUCAAUUCCGUCCACACAUGCAACUUCAUUAGGGAAAGACGUAUUCUGGUGCUUUCUCACAUGGAGACGCUUCUUUUCAGCGAGCUCAACAACGUCGACUACGAAAACCCCGAGGAGCCCUUGCCCAAGGAUGUAGGUGAUCUCAGAGUAUGGCCCCAUUGUGAGUAUGUCGUGGAAGUGAGUCCACUUGGCUACGCCGCUUUUGGCGCUAAUCUGGAGCAAUCGCUUCUGGUGAUGCCGUUCGAUUGUCAAAGCGAAGAAUUCGACAAAACGCAGAUCGUCAGCUUUCCAGGCGCCCACGGUGAAGAGGUGGUGAGAGACGUUUUGCUCGUUCCUCAGAGCAAAUUGGUUAUCACCUGCGGAGAGGACGGUGUGAUUAAGGCGUGGGAGCUUCCCGUCGAGCUCCAGGGUGUCAACGUCGUCAAAGGAGGUAAGACAGAGGUGAAGGAAAAGAAAAAGAAGGAUAAAAAGGACAAAAAGGAGAAGAAGGAUAAGAAGGACAAGAAGGACAAGAAGAAGAAGGACAAGCGUGGAAAGGAUGCGCGGUUCAAGCCCUACUAA